CCCUCUCACCCCCCCUCCCUCGGUGUAAUCCCGACGCCGAGGCUCUCCUCCUCCUCCUUCCCUGCAGGCGGUAUAAAAGGCCGGCACGGCGGUUCGGUCGCCCACCCAGGGGCCGGCAGGAGCGCACGUCGCAAGAGUGGAAUGCGUUUGGGGCCCGAGAUGACAAAGCGAGAGACCCGCCCCCUCAUCUACAGGAUGAUCUCCAGCCCCCGCACCUGAGCGCCAGCAUGCCGGCGGGGCCGGCGGGCGCUCUCUCCUCCACGCGGCCGGCGGUCCCGCUCGCCCUGACCUUCUCGCGGCUGCUCCUGCUCCUGCACUCGGCCCUGGCCCAGAAGCCGGCCCGGCUGCCCCUGGUGGGCCGCAAGCCCUUCGUGGCCGCCUGGAACGCGCCGCUGGACAUGUGCGAAAUCAAGUACAACGUCAGCGUCAACCUGGACCCCCUGUUCCAAAUCCACGGCAGCCCCCGCGCCAACUGGACGGGCCAGAACGUCACCAUCUUCUACGCCAACCGGCUGGGCUACUACCCGCGCUACACGGCGCAGGGCGAGGCGGUGCACGGCGGCGUCCCGCAGAACGGCAGCCUGGACGUGCACCUGUUCAAGGCCUACCGGGACAUCGCGCACUUCAUCCCCGCCGAAGACUUCCGCGGCCUGGCCGUCAUCGACUGGGAGUUCUGGCGGCCGCAGUGGAGCCGCAACUGGCACAAGAAGGACGUCUACCGGCGAAAGUCGCGGGAGCUGACCGCCAAGGCGUACCUGAACGUGACGGCGGCGCAGGUGGAGGAGCUGGCGCGGCGCCGCUUCGAGAAGAGCGCCCGGGCCUUCAUGCAGCGCACGCUCCAGCUGGGCACGCGCCUGCGCCCCAACGGCCUGUGGGGUUUCUACCUCUACCCCGACUGCCACAAUUACAACCUCCACGAGAGCGGCUACACCGGCCUGUGCCCGCUGAUGGAGAGCCUGCGCAACGACGAGCUGCGCUGGCUGUGGAACAGCAGCACGGCGCUCUACCCGUCCAUCACCAUCCUCAAGUCGCACAGCAACAGCGUGGCCAACCUGCGCUUUGCCCGCCACCGCGUGCGGGAGGCGCUGCGCGUGGCCUCGCUCACCUCCAAUGACUACGACCUCCCCACGUACGUCUACCUGAGGCUGGGAUACCGCGACGGGCCGCUCACCUUCCUCACCACGAAGGAUCUCGUCCACACCAUCGGCGAGAGCGCCGCUUUGGGAGCCGCCGGCUUCGUCAUCUGGGGCGACCUCAACUUGACCAUGUCGCGGCACAACUGCAGCAAGGUGCGCUGGUUCCUGAGCCGCCGGCUGGGCCAGUACAUCACCAACGUGACGCGGGCCGCCGAGUUCUGCAGCGACUUCCUGUGCCAGAACAACGGACGCUGCGUCCGCCGCAACCCGAGCGCGCGCCACUACCUCCACCUCGACGCCGCCACCUACAGCAUCCGCCCCGCGGCCGGCGACAGAGGCUUCGUCGUCAGCGGGCACCACUCGCCCCAGGCCCUGAACAUGCUUGCGGAGCGCUUCCGUUGUCAUUGCUACGAAGGUCACCUGGGGGAGCGCUGCGAUAGCGCCAACGAGGUGCUGGAGGAGGUCGACGUCGACGAUGAAGACGACGGCGGCGACGAGGCGCGGCGGAGGAGCGAGUGGGAGGACGAGCAGGGUGGGCAGGCGGACGAGGGACGCAGCGGGGCGCCGCCCGCCCUCGUCCACGCUGCUCUCGUGACGCUCUCGGCGCUCCUGUUGACCUUCUGGGAAACACUCGAGACAUUCGGAUGCUUGUUAGCAUGCUAACACUGAUGCUACCAUGCUCGCGUCCACGGAUCACAACGCAGCUCAUAAGAAUGUAAUGACUGGAACGCAACGUUGCUCUCGAAACCAAAGUUCAGUUGCCAAAUUUGGUCUUUGUAAAUUGGAAGGGCUGCUAAUCACUGGUGAGCGUGAAUGACCGCUUGUGAUUGCUCUAUCGAGGACGCAAGUCCAAAAAAAAAAAAAAAGUUGACCCUAAUACAUCCGGAACACUUUAGUUUUCAGUCAAUCGUGUCAGUGAUGUUCCACAAUGGAAUUUGAGAGUGGUGAUUUUUGAAGCGGCGACGGGUCAAUGGAAAAAAACAACGAGCUGAGCCCACUGGCCUGCUACUGCUAACACAGCUCGCAGCGCUAACAAAGCACCAACCAGUGACAGUCUGUCAGGUUUUUGUACAUCCGAAAAUUUACUUGAGAUCGCUUGCUUUUAUUACCCAGCAUGAAGCUAACGCGUGUGUAUGGUCAAAAAUGUUAGCUUCUACCACUAGUAGGUGCUGGUGAUGCUACUAGUUAGCCCUUAUAAGCUAAUGAUUAUGUUCCCAAAAGAGCAACACCACCAAAACAAGCGCUCUUGUAUGGCUAGCUUGUUCAGUCUAAAAUAAUGCUCAUCAUUUUUACAAAAGCUCUUUUACUUGACAUGAUAUACCGAUGCUCACGUGGGAGUCAAAAACUGUCAUUUUGGCCCCCGUCACUCGGUUUUAUAAGCAUAACCAAAAAAAAUGUGUGCUUUAUCACAAUCUCUUAACUAACUAGCGUUUUUUUUUUUUUCUUUUCAUUAAGAGGAAUUGAACUAGCCGACGUGACUAAUUUCCUAGCCGCAAUGUAGCUACGACAAACACUGAAGAGGACGUCGGCCACGGCACACAGCUGAGCUCAAGUCAUGACUUGGCGCUUUCCUGCGGUUCUUCACUUCCUCGUCUUCAAAAGUUCAACCGGUGUAUGUGAACACGCCAGGAUACCUCCGCCAAGGCCAACGAACCCUCCUGAAUUAGACUGGCAACAAAUCGUAUGCCUUCAUAGGGGUGGAAAGUCGGCUUAUUAUUUUUGUCGUUGCCACAGAAGCAGUAUCUGCACGGUAUCGUUCUAUUUUGUCAGAGUAUCGAGUUUCAAACAUUGAUUGCCAUUGUUCCGUAGCCAGACGACCGAUGAAAACACGAGAGCAACGAAUUCCACUUCAUGACAACAAUUGCGAUGAAAGAACAGAGUGACGGUUCUGGUGUUUUUCCUGUUCGUUUGUCUCAAUUCAAUAUCAAUCAUCUUGGUGUGAUCUUCUUGCUCUCAGCUUCGGGAAGGGACACGCUUGGAAGACCCGCCGAGCCAGCUGAAUCGAUGAACGAUGCUAGCUUGUGUUCCUCGCAUGCUAGCAGCACGUCGCAAAGUGUUUUCCAACAUGUAGACCUUGGCUGUUUUUUGUCUGAAACAGAUUUUCAUCUCACGUGGCGACUAAUCAACUGCAACAAGUACUGUUUUGGUUUUUACGCGUACGUCAUGAUUGUAGAAUCAAACUUGCAGCACAUGAAUGUAAAUGCACUGCAAAUAAACAUUGUUACCUAUUAUA